CUAUCCUUAUGACAUAGAGAUCGCGUUGCUCGACAUUGACGGUCGUGAGGUGGCACAAACUCUUGACUUUCAUAUUACGUAAGCACCACAACGUUCACCUAUCUGAUCAAAAAACACUGUACCUUUUUGGCCUUUACACUGUCAUGGAUUCAUCAAAUACAAAGGAUACUGAGAAGACUUGCGUACUUUGCUGCCAAGAUGUCGAUAUAUUUGCUUUGGGAAAAUGCGACCACCCGGUCUGCUACCGCUGCUCUACCAAGAUGCGGGUGUUGUGCGAUCAGAAGUACUGCGCCGUCUGCCGGGAAGAGCUCGACAAGGUGGUGUUUGUGAAUCGACUGGCAGCCUUCUCCACCCUGCCCUUCCAACAGUAUCACUGUGAGCAGAGCCAUGAUAUCUACUUCGGCGAUGCCCAGAUCCACACCCAGUUCAGGAGGCUUCUCCUGCCAGAGUGCCCCCACUGCCCGGAGCCAAAGGUCUUCCCGCGGUUGGAGGAGCUGGAGCAGCACAUCAGGAAACAGCAUGAGCUCUUCUGCUGCAAGCUCUGCACCAAACACCUCAAGAUCUUCUCCCAUGAGCGGAAGUGGUACAACCGCAAGGAGCUGGCGAGGCACCGUGCGCACGGCGACCCUGAUGACACCAGCCACCGCGGCCACCCGCUCUGCAAGUUCUGUGACGACCGCUACCUCGACAACGACGAGUUGCUCAAGCACCUGCGGCGCGACCACUACUUCUGCCACUUCUGCGACGCGGACGGCGCACAGGAGUACUACUGCGACUACCAGUACCUGAGCGAGCACUUCCGCGAGAGCCACUACCUGUGCGAGGAGGGCCGCUGUGCCACGGAGCAGUUCACGCACGCCUUCCGCUCGGAGAUCGACUACAAGGCACACAAGGCCUCGGCGCACAGCAAGAACCGCGCCGAAGCCAGGCAGAACCGGCAGAUCGACCUGCAGUUCACCUACGCCCCGAGGUUGCAGCGGAGGAACGACGGUAUGUUGACAGGGGAGGACUAUGAAGAGGCACGGCAAAGUCGCGGUGGAGGAGGGCGGCCUUAUGGCGGGCAGCAGAAGAGUUGGAGAUACAACCGGGAGGAGGAGGAGCGGGACAUUGCAGCCGCAAUGAGGGCCUCCAUGGCGGUGCGGCGGCCGGAGGAUAGGGGCCCUCCUGCCCAAGACCGCGGCCCCCCGCAGAGACAACGCAACGAUGAGAGGAUGGACAGGAUGGAUCGAACGGAGAGGAUGGAGAGGCCGGAGAGAAUGGAGAGGCCGGAGAGAAUGGACAGGACUGAGAGGAAGGAGAGAAUGGAUAGGCCAGAGAGAAUGGACAGGACUGACCGGACAGAUAGGCCAGAGAGAAUGGACAGGACUGACCGGAUAGAUAGGCCAGAGCGGAAGGAAAGAAUGGACAGGACUGAGAGAAUGGAUAGGCCAGAGAGAAUGGAUAGGCCAGAGAGAAUGGAUAGGACUGAGAGAAUGGAUAGGCCAGAGAGAAUGGAUAGGCCAGAGAGAAUGGACAGGCCAGAGAGAAUGGAUAGGACUGAGAGAAUUGACCGGACAGAGAGGAAAGACCGGACUGAGCGAAUGGAUGCAGAUGAGCUCAGACACAGAGCCGGGGCGAUCAAAAAUAACCCAGAACCUCCAGUGAGAACCAUGAAGAGUAAAAAUCCAUUUGGGGAGGAUGAUGAUUUCCCAGUGUUGGGGGUGCCAGUUUCCACACCCAUACCAAGCUCCAAGCCAGCCCCUGUCACGGCCCCCCGCGGGCCCCUGAAGGAGGACGACUUCCCCACCCUCUCGGGCGCCCCCCCUCGCGGGACCCUGAAGCAGGACGAUUUCCCCAGGCUCUCGGCGGGCCCCCCCCGCGGGCCCCUGAAAGAGGACGACUUCCCCAGCCUCUCUGCUGCCACCUCGGUGGUAACGUCCCCCAUGACCCCGGCCUACACGGCCCCGCCGAGAAACUCCUCCUCCUUCCAGGAAGAUGAUUUUCCCGCCCUGGUGUCAAAGCUCCGCCUCCAGAAGCCUAGCGGCGGCUCUGCCUCCGCCUGGUCGUCCCACGGCAAGCCUGUGCCCCCCACCCGAGCCAAUCACGGCCCCCCACCUCCAGAAGCCUUCCCUGCGCCUGCUCCCCCCGCCGGGCUCCAGCCCCUCUCCUCCUCCUCUGCGUCCGUGGCGAUGUCCUCACGGAGGAAAAAGCGAGGGGGGGAGACUGCCCGGCCCGCUGCCGCGCCCCAGCGCUCCUCUUCCGACGAAGAGGACGGCGGGCUCACUCAGCGGGAGUUCCGCACCGUGCCCACCAUGUUGGACAUAUCCUCGCUGCUUACCGUCAAGAGCGGGGGCGGCGUUAGCGGCGGCGGCGGCACCAGCAUUAGCGCCGGUGUCGGCGGGAGACCUCAGGCGCCGCCCGCCGCCGACUCCUCAGACGCAAUCCCCGGCCUCGCAGCCCCCAAAGCCGGCAAGAAGAAGAAAACGCAACAGCAGCAACCCCAACCGCAGCCGCAGCAGAAGAACACUAACCUUCCCGCCACGCCGUCCAAGACGGCCACUUCAGCGACGAAGACGAAGGCUAAGGCGACAGUAGCGCAGAAGGAGAACGUCCCCGAGAAGAGCAAGAACAAAGCGGCGCCCGCCCCAGCGGCGACCGUCACCGCAGCGCGGACGGGAACCCCGAGCCAACUGACCAACGGGUACGCGGAGACGGCGUUCACGCCGGCAACCAAGAAGGCGAGCGCCUCCCCAGCCGUGACCCCCCACCCCUUCCCAGAACCGCCUCCGGCAGACGAGGAAGAUUUUCCUGCCCUCGUCACCAGGAAACCCCCGCCAGGGUUCAAGAGCUCCUUCCCGCUGAAGGCUACGGCGCCCCUGGCCGCGGCCCCCCCCUCCUCCGUCGUGCCCCCCCUCCCUCCCCCGGGCCUGGCCGGCGGCCCCAGCAAGUCCCCGCCGCCGGGCUUCACCGGCAUCCCCCUCAACAGCAACGUGGUGGAGCCGGCCCCCCCGCCCCCCCAUCGGCCGGCCCAGCUGCUUGACAGCUACAUGGUACCGGAGAACUUCCAGCAGAGGAACCUGGAGCUGAUCCAGUCCAUAAGGAACUACCUCCACAAUGACGAGUCCCACUUCAACCAGUUCAAGAACUUCUCGGGACAGUUCCGACAGGGUGUGAUGUCUGCCGCCCAGUACUACCGCAGCUGCAAGGAGCUGCUGGGGGACAACUUCCAGCGCAUCUUCAAUGAGCUGCUGGUGCUGCUGCCGGACACGUCCCGACAGCAGGAGCUGUUGGCCGCGCACGGGGACUCCAGGGCUCUGGAGAAGCAGUCCACGGGAGGCGGAGGCGGCGUGGGUAAGAAGAACAAGAGCAAGCGCAACGCGUGGCAGGCACCGCCCACCGCCAACGGCGACACGGCCAUGCUAGCCGAGCUGGACUGCCGGGUGUGCCCCACCUGCAGACAGGUGCUGGCGCCCAAGGACUUCAACUCCCACAAGACCUUGCACCUGGGCGAGAGCGAGGACUUCCCCUCUCUGCAGUCAAUCAGCCGCAUCAUCAGCUAGCGCCCCCCCCCCUUCCCAUCUCCCUUGGCGCCCUCCUGUCCUCUCCUAUGGCUGCGACCCCAACCCCCACAUACCCUCCACCCCUCCAACAGCAGGCUUGCGGAGCGUGGAGAAAGAGCUUGAGUCGGGGGUGACGACGUUUAAAGGCAGGAUCGGUUUCAGGUCUGUGCCCGGACUGACGGGACUGAAGGAUGGAAGGGUUGCCCGAUCUCUGGCAUGAAACAACAAGCAUCUUUUGCAAUGGAGACGCUUAACGGGCACAUCUUUUAGGCGGUACGCCUGCUCAGCACUCAAGAGAAACAACACACGCCUAAACGAAGGCUUACUUGAAGAGUUCACUAGAAUGCUCCUACAAUUUAAUCCCUGUAAAAUGCUUUAACUCGGUUCCCCCCCCCCCCGGCUUUCUUACCACACCUGUUUUCUACAACUAAAAAUAAGGAGAGUAAGCAAAUAAUAACGGUAGUUGCAGAAACGGAAGUAGCAGUUUGAAGUGACAAAGAAGGUGUAACUUUGUAACUUGUAUGGGCAACAUUUAAGGGGUGGUUCCAAGAGAAGUAGUUUAUACCUUGGUAAGUUCUCAAGCUUGGGGCACAGGGACACCACUGUUUGAGGUCCUCUCAUUCCCUAGUCCAAAGCAUUACCCCCAUCUCCCCGUCAGAUAUUGACGGUUGGUUAAUUUAUAUCGGAUAUUAGAUUGGUUUUCCCGCUUUAACGGUUGUUUUGUUCCCCUGAGCCUACGUUUUGCUGCUUUUAUUUUUGCUCAGGCUUCAAAUUAGAAACCCCAGGUGAGGGGGGCGGGGGGGGGAGUCAAUAAAUGUUCUUCCCUAAACCAAUUAAAAGCGUUUUCCCGCCAGCUCUCCCCUGCAUGUCUCCGCCUGUUGUAUUCUCACUGUCCUCCUCAGGGGUCCGUCACUCACUACACAUACUGUCUGUACAGGAAGUUAGGAAAUAAUACUUGUAUGCAAAAACGAAUUCCUCGUGCAUUUUCAGUGAUUUUCUAUGACCAAUGAAUGGGAUGGGUUCUGAUUAUUUAACUAACUUCCCAAACAUCAUUAUGUGGGAUUAAGAUCUUUUUUUUCUAUGAACAAUAAAUUAAAACUUGCCGAGAUCGCUUUCAACCACUGACCUUGUUCUCUUUUUUAAUUUAUCCUACAAUGAUUUUGUUCAAAGUAAAACAAAGCAAAUUUAUUAUUACGAUAAUAAAACAGUAUCUUACUUUGAAAUAUUAAUGUGAAAUCCUAAUUUCUGGUGAUUCUCCACAGCUUUCACCUUCUUAGGAAUAAUACCUAGGAAUACAGGAAUGUGAGGGGUGUCUUGGCUUUUGUCAUUUUUUUCAGUGUUCAGUUGGAUUGGAACCAGACAUCAAGUAACCAUUCAUUUUAUAUGAUUUUUUUAUUUUGACUGUAUUGAGGUGACCCACAGUAACAUCUCUGUUCACAGCUUCUAUACAUUUAGGAAGUCAAACACCUUUCUUUUCAGAGCGAGGAAAACAAAUCAUUCAAAUUAAAUAUUUAGAUUUGACACAGCACAAUUUUUAAACGGGUUGCGCACACAAUUGACCAAAAUCAACAUUUAUCAGAUGUUGAUAUGCCAAUGUUCCACGCUGGUUAGUUGUCUUCAUCCCCAAGACUAUUAACCUGUGUAUUUGGGCUUUAUGAGCACACUGAACGUCCUAAUCAGGAAAAAGUGAUGAUUCCCCAGCACACCCAUUGCUCCAAGUAUCAACACUGCUAGCAUCAGGCUACUAGAACAUGACAGACCACACCCCUUGACAGCGUCUCUAUCUCUCACACACACACACGCACACAAUCCAUUAUGUUCAAUAAAGUACUGAGCUUUUAUUGUUUUUUGUGUAGUUUUUUUUUUAACAAUCAAACCAAUACCACAGUAGUGUACAUGGGCCUAGGACCAGAGCACAAAACACAGAAUGCUUUCUAUUACUCAUAUUCAUAUUAUCAUUAUUUUUCUUGAAUCUAACACACAGACUAAAUAAGAGCGCGCGAACCACGGAGUACAGUAAUGACGAACCAGCACAACCCGACCCACCAUAAGAGUCCCGGCUAAACAGAAGCCCAGUGCAGGGUAACUACAUGAUGAUGACCCCCUGCUUCUUGUUUUGUACCCCAGAUCUGAGCAACACUGCGACCCCAAACCUGAAUCACACAAUUCGAUCAGUGAAUCCUGCUGAUUCGGUUGAAGUUGUCAAUAGGAUCUGGAUUAUGUCGAUAUUUUCUCAUGCUUUGGGUAGCAUUUAAGAUGCCUGAUCUGGUCGGUUUAAAGUGUGUCUACUGGUUGAGAUAUGUAGACACGGGCCCGAGUGAACAUUGAGGCAAAGCUUGACAUCAUUGUUAUAGCGAUGAAGUCAUCUACAAACUAUAAUAAAUAAAACCUCGAGGGCAGGGUUUCACCCAAUGGUGAUGGGUUAUAGACUUUCGAGGCAGCUGGACUCUGAAUCACGAACACAGGAGAAUCCAUGUUAUCGGGAUUCAAGUAGUGUGCGCUUGUGGCCGUACAAUAUCCUGACCAAUACCCUACGAGGAACUACGUGAGCUACCUUAUAGAUGGUGAUAAACUGAUGGUUCAUCCAAGUAUUUUUUUGAGAGUUCCUUUCUUUUUCUAAUGUUUCCAAAGACCUCACAGAUGGUUCCGUUUACUACCUGGCAGGUAAGGUUAGAUGCGGCGAAAAAAUAAAUAAUAAUAAUUAGUUGUUAAGGAGAGUGCAAUGCUGGGUAACCACACAUUUCAAAUUGUAUAAUUGCCUACACAGUUCUAAAAAAUAAUGCAUAACGUUGGUAGAAAAUAGAAUAAAACCUAAAAGACACUGGAAUCAACUUAAGAAUGAUAUAUAAUUGUUCAACAUGUAACGAGUGCAAUACGAUAAUUACAUGCAUUAGCGUAUUCAACAUUAGGGCAUCAUCAAAAUCGGCACGUACCCUUACUGCAAUACACUUUCUCACCGACUGGAGCCAAUGUUUACUAGGAAAUCGGAUAGAAGGGCAUAGCGUACGGUUUUAAUUGAUAAUUCGUUUUAUGUAAGAAAAAAAUAAAGAAAAGAAUCUCUCCAAUAUGUUUAAGUCACUCUGAUUUCCUAAAAAGUCACACCAGUUAAAUUAUAGCUCUUCAAUAAAAAAAAAAACAGUCGCUAGAUGUAUGUUUUGGAAAACCUGUUCCAGAAAAUAACCCAUUACACUUUUAUUAUGCUUACAUCUUUCUUGAAAUAAUCAUUUUAAAGCACUUUGAAAUUCACACAAACAUGCUGACUUUCAUACCUUUAUAAGACACACACACACACACACACGCACGCACGCGCACACGCACGCACAUACACACACGCACACACGCGUUCAGUCAUACACAAAUGCGCAUAACAAAACCAAACAAAUUCACCAACAUUAAACCACAACACAGAGACGUC